CCCUUUCCAGUGAACCCUUCUAAGAGCCUGGAGAUGAGUAAGGCUGGAUAGAACCAAGCUACGCUAGGCUGGACCAGGAGAGCCGACCGUGAGAACCCUUCCCCCAAGCUCAGAGCUCUGCCGCUUCUUUCUUCCCCGGGCGCCUGCGCAGCGCACUCUCCGGCCACCGCACGCCUCCUCAGCAGAGCCUGGAGACGCUGACGUCACCGCGCAGACUGCAAGCAACCCUUCGCUCCUUCAAGGAAAAUGAGUCCACGCACCUUCGGCUUUUCUUAGCCCCCAGAAAAUGUCCUCCCUCCUUCCAUCCCAGUGCCAACGACUUCCCCAGCCCGUCUCCUUUUGGCGGGACUUCUCCGUACUUUCGUUGGGCCCCGAAGGCGGCGGAGAGGAAGAGAAAGGGUGAAAGACCAAUUCGCGUUGUUUACAAGGAGUAGGCGAGUCUAGGAAUCGAUCCGCGAGGGCGGAGCCGAGGAAGCCGGCACUUCUUCCUCCCUUCCCCUCCCUCCCCAGCCUUCCCCGCGGGCGGACGCGGCAGCGCCUCUGCCUCGCUUUUUCUUAUUUUUUUUCCCCCCCUUUCCCCUUUCUUUUUUUUUUUUCCCUCCCCCCCUUUCACCAUUUCCCCUCGGAGGCGCUUUCCCCGGGCAGGGGCAGAGCCGGUCUCACCCCCCGCCUCUCCCCGGCCCCCGCCGCCCUAUGGCGAGAGGGAGCCCCCUCCCCACCCGGGCUCGAGCGGCCGCGGCCUCAGGCCGGGGGUCAUCAUGGAACUAAUUCGCUGACGAACCCAGAGGCCGCAGCCGUGCGUCCCGCUCGAGCGCUAGCGCCCGCGUUCCCCGGCCCGCUUCCGCCUCUUCUCCCUUCUCAGUCAGCCCCGUCGUCCCGCGCGCAUCGCCGCCGCGCGUCGAGCAGAAUGAGGUGGUAACGGGCCCCCGGAUGACCCCUCGUCACCAUUGUGAGGCCUACAGCUCUGCCGGGGAGGAGGAGGAGGAGGAAGAGGAGGAAAAGGUAGCUACAUCAAGCUGGGUAACAGACAGAUCCAAAGGAUAUCAUGAAGUUUCCAGGGCCUUUGGAAAACCAGAGAUUGUCUUUCCUGUUGGAAAAGGCAAUCUCUAGGGAAGCACAGAUGUGGAAGGUGAAUGUGCGGAAAAUACCUUCAAAUCAGAAUGUUUCUCCAUCCCAGAGAGAUGAAGUAAUUCAAUGGCUGGCCAAACUCAAGUACCAAUUCAACCUUUACCCAGAAACAUUUGCUCUGGCUAGCAGUCUUUUGGACAGGUUUUUAGCUACUGUAAAGGCUCAUCCAAAAUACUUGAGUUGUAUUGCCAUCAGCUGUUUUUUCCUUGCUGCCAAGACUGUUGAGGAAGAUGAGAGAAUUCCAGUACUGAAAGUAUUGGCAAGAGACAGUUUCUGUGGAUGUUCCUCAUCUGAAAUUUUGAGAAUGGAGAGAAUUAUUCUGGAUAAGUUGAAUUGGGAUCUUCACACAGCCACACCAUUGGAUUUUCUUCAUAUUUUCCAUGCCAUUGCAGUGUCAACUAGGCCUCAGUUACUUUUCAGUUUGCCCAAAUUGAGCCCAUCUCAACAUUUGGCAGUCCUUACCAAGCAACUACUUCACUGUAUGGCCUGCAACCAACUUCUGCAAUUCAGAGGAUCCAUGCUUGCUCUGGCCAUGGUUAGUCUGGAAAUGGAGAAACUCAUUCCUGAUUGGCUUUCUCUUACAAUUGAACUACUUCAGAAAGCACAGCUGUGGUGUUUUUUUUUCCCCCCUCCGGCCCAGAUGGAUAGCUCCCAGUUGAUCCAUUGUCGGGAGCUUGUGGCACAUCACCUUUCUACUCUGCAGUCUUCCCUGCCUCUAAAUUCCGUUUAUGUCUACCGUCCCCUCAAGCACACCCUGGUAACCUGUGACAAAGGAGUGUUCAGAUUACAUCCCUCCUCUGUCUCAGGCCCAGACUUCUCCAAGGACAACAGCAAGCCAGAAGUGCCAGUCAGAGGUACAGCAGCCUUUUACCAUCAUCUCCCAGCUGCCAAUGGGUGCAAGCAGAUCUCUGCUAAACGCAAAGUAGAGGAAAUGGAAGUGGAUGACUUCUAUGAUGGAAUCAAACGGCUCUAUAAUGAAGAUAAUGUUUCAGAAAAUAUGGGUUCUGUGUGUGGCACUGAUAUAUCAAGACAGGAGGGACAUGCUUCUCCUUGUCCACCUUUGCAGCCUGUUUCUGUCAUGUAGUUUGAACAAGAGUUACCUUUGAGUGUAAACUAAGGUAGACUACUCUGGGAAUAAGAACAUGGAAAGUGAGGAAAGGCUGUAGAAGGAAAUAUACCUUAACAGGCUGAUUUGGAGUAAGCCAGAAAAAAAAAAACAACUCAUUAUUUAUGUGGCUAAUUAUAAUUCAACAUUAUUUAAGCACAUAAAGACCACAAAAAAAAAAAAAAAAACUGAAAGAUCCAAACUUUUUUUAAACUUAAAAAAAUCACUUUGUAGUAUGUCAGUCGCACUUUUUUUCUGCCAUAAUGUAAUGUAGCUUGCCCCGUCAAAAAUUCAGUUAAAAUUAAUAGCCAGCAAACCUGUUUCCCCCUCAGCAUCCUGAUUUAAUUUUCCCAUUACUUUUGCUUGCUUCUCCAUUUAAUAGUUAGUGAACUUUAUGCAUGUUGAUCUGUAUUCUGAUUUUCACUGAACAGGAAACCCCAAAAUUAUUUUUUAGCAAUUGAAUGAACAAAUUAUUUUGGUGUGACAGCCAUGAUUCAAGUUCCAAUUAGUUUGAAAAGGGUAUUUUGGAAUUGUCUCAUAUUAAUGAGAAGGAGCAACAGAAAAAGUUCCCAUAUUACCAAAUUGAUUUAAAAUUAUGGUUUUCAUUUUUGUUUACCUUAAAGUGAUGCUUAAAAGUUGCAUUUAAUUAGGACACUUAGAUUUGUUGAAAGCAUUUUUGAUAUUUGUAUAAAAGAUUUGUGAUAAAGUUAAUAUAUCCUGGUGCUCACCAAAGAAACAUGUAUGUAACAACUGAAAUUAGAUUUUUGUAACUGAUUAGUUUUCACUCAUUUAUAAUCAGUAGGAGAGACUGUCUAGAUGUUGGGGCAGCUCUAUGAUUUGAGUCUGUAACAUGUCAUAACUGAAUUAAGUACCCUAGUUUUAUGUUCAGCUGUUAGAACUUACUCCCCCUACCUCCCCAGGUUACCUAUCUCUCUUAAUGACUUCUGGAUCCUGAGCUCCCUUUGCAGUCUGAAAAAGGUAUUGCAGUCAGAACUGUGUACUGAUGAUAAAAGUCUCUGGUAGCAAUAAAAAGUUGUCCUUAA